AAGCAUGCCCGAGGCCAGGUCCUCUUUGAUAUGGUGUGUGAGCACCUCAACCUCCUGGAGAAGGACUACUUUGGCCUCACGUUCUGUGACUCGGACAGCCAGAAGAACUGGCUGGACCCCUCCAAGGAGAUCAAGAAGCAGAUCCGCAGUGGGCCCUGGAACUUUGCCUUCACUGUGAAGUUUUACCCUCCAGACCCUGCCCAGCUCACAGAGGACAUCACAAGGUACUACCUGUGCCUGCAGCUCCGCGCAGACAUCAUCACGGGGCGCCUGCCCUGCUCCUUUGUCACCCACGCCCUGCUGGGCUCCUACGCUGUGCAGGCCGAGCUGGGCGACUACGAUGCCGAGGAGCACGUGGGCAACUACGUCAGCGAGCUCCACUUCGCCCCCAACCAGACCCGGGAGCUGGAGGAACGUAUCAUGGAGCUGCACAAGACCUACCGGGGAAUGACCCCCGGGGAAGCGGAGAUCCACUUUCUAGAGAACGCCAAGAAGCUCUCCAUGUAUGGGGUGGACCUGCACCACGCCAAGGACUCGGAGGGCAUCGACAUCAUGCUGGGCGUCUGCGCCAACGGCCUCCUCAUCUACAGGGACCGGCUGAGGAUCAACCGCUUCGCCUGGCCCAAGAUCCUCAAAAUUUCCUACAAGAGGAGCAACUUCUACAUCAAGAUCCGCCCUGGCGAG